AUGUAUCUGAAUGGAAAUCCAGUGAAAGGAAUAGAAAUAGAAUUUAAAAAUAUAGAAAGCAAUAUAUAUGCUGAACUUAUUGAUUUUUAUGAUGAUUCACAAGCCAUUUUGACAAUAACAAGUAAAUAUCCAGCAAAGCUUUGGUUGUUAGAUAAAUCAUCCAGAUUAAAAAAUAAAUUUUAUUGGUGUCUUGAAGAUUCGUGGUUAAGGAAAACAGAAAUUAGAACUACAUCUAAAACUGCCGAAGAAAAAGAAUUACCACUACAAUUAAAUAUGCCUAAUGGUAGUGAUUCUUCUGCUUAUAGAACAGUAAUUACAGGCCCUUGUGUAGUAUUUAGAAAUCCAUGUUUUCAUCCAGGUGAUAUCAGAGUUGUUACUGCUGUUAAAGUUAAAGCUCUCGAUUAUCUUGUAGAUGUUUUAGUAUUUCCAACAUUGGGAUAUCGUGAUCUUCCUAGUCAAUGUAGUGGCGGAGAUCUAGAUGGAGAUGAUUUCACCACCUUUUGGGAUCAAAAUUUAAUCACAAAAAACAAAAAUUGGGAACCAAUGAACUAUGAAGCACCAAAAGCUGCAAUAGUAGAUGAAGUUAAGAUGGUGCAUAUAAAGAAAUUUUUUGUGAAUUAUAUUCUCUCUGAUCAAUUAGGCAGUAUAGCCAAUUCCCAUUUAGCAAAAGCGGAUUAUUUGAGUGGUGGAGCAUUUCAUGGACAAUGUAUAAGGUUGGCACAAUUACAUUCUGAGGCUGUUGAUUUUCCAAAAACAGGUAUACCGGCUGAAUUUCCAGUCGAACUUCGUCCAUCCAAGUAUCCUGAUUUUAUGGAGAAACCUGACAAACCAGUCUAUGAAUCAGAAAAAAUUCUUGGUAAAUUGUAUCGCUCCAUUGAAGUAGAACCAUUUGAUCCUUAUACAAACAUUACUUUUGAUGAAAGGUUAUAUGUUCCAGGGUUUGAAGAGUAUUUAGAAGAUGCAAGAUUCAACAAACGUUCAUACACUUCAGACAUACGUAGUCUAAUAAAUCAGUUUGGAGUGAUGUCCGAGUACGAGACAGUCAGUGGUUUCAUUGUCAAUCCUACAAUCAAGGUCGAACAGAAAAAGCCACGUGAAGUAAAAAAAUCAGUGAUGGAUGCAGUAACAGCAAUUCAAAAGCAAUACCGUAAGGUAUUUGAAGAAGAGUUUUAUGGAGAAGGUACAAAUUUACCAUCACCAGAUGCUCGCAAUAGAAUGGAGGCGAAAGCAUUUGCUUGGUAUUAUGUUACAUACCAUCCUGCUGAAAUAGAUAAAGAUGGUGAAGAGAAUUUGAUGUCGUUUCCAUGGAUUGUUCAUUCAAUGCUAUGUGAUAUUGCAAUCAGAAACACCAAUAGAUUUCAAUCAAAGGAAGAAUUUUUCAGCCGUUACAAUUCCAUAUUUAGAACUUCAAAUUACACCAGGGUUGAUAAGAUUUCAUCGACAAGAUCUGCCUCAGAAAACAACAAUAAUGCUAGUGAUGAUGGUAAUAUUAGAAGUGAUUAUAGUUAUCGAAAUGGUCCUCGAGCAUCAGGCAAUGUAACCUUUGAAAAUAUCUGUAUUGACCAAGGAGAAGAACUUUUUUGGCAUGAUUUAGACAAUAAUUUUAGAUCAAGUUGUCAAGGUAGCUUUGAUGAAUGUCCUCCCCUUCGAUGUAGAGGAGAUUUCCUUAAAUGGUUUGCACAACGCACCUAUGAAAAACCUGUUGUCCUCUUCAUUGAUGAGUUUGAUAGGCUGUACAGUGCAGCUGCUGAGAUCCGGGAUGGUUGUCUGAGUACUAUUCGUGCUAUCAAGCACAUGACAGGAGUUCCUCUCCAUUCAGUAGUUGCUGUUGGGACUUUUGCCAUUCUUGCUCUAGAGUCCAACAAUUAUACAUCUCCAUUCAAUAUACAAAACCCCUUUCAGAAUCCUAAUUUAACCCAUAAAGAAGUUGAAUCACUUUUCACUGUGUUUGCUUCAGAUCGAAGCAUCACAAUAGAUUCCAAUGUUGUUGAAGAUAUUCAUUGGCAAACAAAUGGACAUGCUAAUCUUGUAUGUAUAUGUGGGAAAGCGAUUGAUGAUAAAAUGACUAGGCUUCUUGAAUUGCGCCAUCUCCCUGUUGCAAAAUGGAAGAAAUUUGUUAUCACUUACUUGAUUCCAGAGUUGUUCAAGUAUGCAACUUUUAAGAGCAUCAUAACUACACUGAAAGCAUCAACUUCAAAAGAAUAUGUGGUUUUUCUUCGAUCUCAUUUUUUGUAUGACCCUUAUGCCCAAGUAAGUGUCAACUACAAUGAUGAUGAUAAAGUCAUAUUCCUAUCCAGGCAUGGGAUCUUACGGCCUGGUGAGGAACCAUAUACCUUCAUGAUGGCUUCACCACUAUUAAGUGCUGUCAUUCAGCAGUGUGUUAUACCAGCAUUUUUCCCAUGUUUUCCAAAAUAUCAACCUCCCUCUAAACUGGAUGAAUCUUUGGAUUUAUUGGGAACUCUCAAGGCAGCUGUAUAUUGUUUUGACCAGCAAACACUCAUAAAUGCAACAAAGCACUCUCACAAACAAGCUCAUGUAGACAUUGGCAAGAAUAAUGUGUUGGUGCCUAGAGAAAGUGUAUACCAACAGGAAUUAACAAGUAUAUUGUCCAAUUGGUUCAAACAAUGGCUUGAUUACUAUGUUGAGGCUCAAUGUUGUCUUUGUGUAAUUGAUGAUGGAUGCUCCAUGCAGAAAUAUUGUGAUAUAAUUAUCACAAAUCCAAGGGAAUCAGCAGCAAUUAUUGAACUUGUUGCCACAGAGACUUGGCAGAAAGUGGAGGAACAUUACCAACACACACUUCAGUAUGCAGAAUCAAAAAGAAAGGAAAUGCCUGUUAGUGAAAUUUGGACUGUACAUUUCACUUGUGAACAAAACUACUUAGUUACAGGAAAUCCCUGCUUGCCAACAAUGCAACAACAUAGGCAGGGUCUGGGUGCAAUACAUUUUUGGCAUAACUUGGAGUUUUCAGAAGUCCACAUGAGUGCAUGCUAUCCUGUUUUUGAUAUAAAUGAUGAAAUGUCACUUAUGGAAGUUCAAAAUGAGCAGGUGUUUAAGAAUUUGGCAACUUAG